CCCCCCCCCGGGCCGAGGCCAUGCCGGACCAGAUCUCCGUGUCGGAAUUCGUGGCCGAGACCCAUGAGGACUACAAGUCUCCCACCGCCUCCAGCUUCUCCAGCCGCACCGCCCAGUGCAGGAACACGGUGGCGGCCAUCGAGGAGGCUCUGGAUGUGGAUCGAACUGUUCUUUACAAAAUGAAGAAAUCGGUGAAAGCAAUAAACAUAUCCGGUUUGGCUCAUGUGGAAAAUGAAGAACAGUACACUCAAGCCCUGGAGAAGUUUGGUGGUAACUGUGUAUGCAGAGACGAUCCCGACUUGGGAAGCGCAUUCCUGAAAUUUUCUGUGUUCACGAAGGAGUUGACGGCACUUUUCAAAAAUUUGAUUCAGAACAUGAACAACAUAAUCACUUUUCCUUUGGACAGUCUGCUGAAAGGAGACCUGAAAGGUGUAAAAGGGGAUCUGAAAAAGCCCUUUGACAAAGCAUGGAAGGACUAUGAGACAAAAGUAACAAAAAUAGAAAAGGAGAAGAAAGAACAUGCCAAGCUCCAUGGGAUGAUUCGGACUGAAAUAAGUGGAGCUGAGAUUGCUGAAGAAAUGGAGAAGGAAAGAAGGUUCUUCCAGCUUCAGAUGUGUGAGUAUCUGUUGAAGGUCAAUGAAAUCAAGAUAAAAAAAGGAGUUGAUCUACUUCAGAAUCUGAUCAAGUAUUUCCAUGCACAGUGCAAUUUCUUCCAGGAUGGACUGAAAGCCGUUGAAAGCCUCAAGCCUUCCAUUGAAACCCUUUCAACCGAUCUUCACACAAUCAAGCAGACCCAGGAUGAAGAAAGAAAGCAGCUUACACAACUAAGAGAUAUUUUAAAAUCUGCUCUCCAAGUCGAGCAAAAAGAGUCUAGGAGAGAUUCUCAAAAUCGUCAGAGUACAGCGUACAGUUUACACCAGCCUCAGGGAAAUAAAGAGCAUGGCACUGAAAGGAACGGCAGUCUCUACAAAAAAAGUGACGGAAUCCGAAAAGUGUGGCAGAAAAGAAAAUGUUCCGUUAAAAAUGGGUUUCUGACGAUAUCCCAUGGUACAGCUAACCGGCCUCCUGCGAAGCUCAAUCUGUUAACCUGCCAAGUGAAAACAAACCCUGAAGAGAAAAAGUGUUUUGACCUUAUAUCACAUGACAGAACAUAUCACUUUCAAGCGGAAGAUGAACAAGAAUGUCAAAUAUGGAUGUCUGUGCUCCAGAACAGCAAAGAAGAAGCCUUAAAUAAUGCAUUUAAAGGUGACGACAACACUGGAGAAAAUAACAUUGUCCAGGAACUGACGAAGGAGAUUAUAUCUGAGGUCCAGAGGAUGACAGGGAAUGAUGUGUGUUGUGACUGUGGAGCACCAGAUCCUACCUGGCUAUCCACCAAUCUGGGCAUUCUCACAUGCAUUGAGUGUUCUGGAAUCCAUCGAGAGCUGGGAGUACAUUAUUCUAGAAUGCAGUCCCUCACAUUAGAUGUAUUGGGAACGUCGGAGCUUCUGCUUGCUAAGAAUAUUGGAAAUGCUGGUUUUAAUGAGAUUAUGGAAUUUGGCCUGCCAGCUGAAGACUCCGUCAAACCUAGUCCGAACAGUGACAUGAAUGCAAGAAAAGACUACAUAACCGCCAAGUAUAUUGAGAGGAAAUAUGCAAAGAAAAAGUAUGUGGACAAUGCAGCCAAACUACACAAUCUUUCUGAAGCCGUCAAAGCAAGAGAUAUUUUUGGACUGCUCCAAGUCUAUGCUGAUGGUGUGGAUCUAACAGAAAAAAUCCCGCUAGCCAAUGGACAUGAACAAGAUGAAACAGCUCUUCACCUUGCAGUCCGAUCAGUGGACCGAACGUCACUGCACAUAGUUGACUUUUUGGUUCAGAAUAGUGGAAACCUGGACAAACAGACAAGUAAAGGCAGUACAGCCCUGCACUAUUGCUGCCUGACUGAUAAUGCUGAGUGCCUCAAGCUGCUGCUCCGGGGAAAGGCCUCCAUUGAAAUAGCCAAUGAAUCCGGAGAGACUUCACUUGACAUCGCUAAACGCUUAAAACAUGAACACUGCGAAGAACUGCUUACUCAAGCCUUAUCCGGAAGGUUUAAUUCUCAUGUCCAUGUCGAGUAUGAAUGGCGAUUGCUCCCUGAGGAUCUAGAUGAGAGUGAUGAUGACGUAGAUGAGAAAUUACAGCAGCCUAGUCCUAAUCGGAGAGAGGACAGGCCCGUCAGUUUCUAUCAGCUAGGAUCCAGUCAGCUUCAGCCUAACACGGCAUCUUUGGCAAGAGAUGCUGCCAACAUCGCUAAAGAUAAGCAGAGGGGAUUUAUGCCCAGCAUCUUGCAAAAUGAAACCUAUGGAACGAUCCUCAGUGGCAGCCCUCCCACCCAGCCUGCAGCCCCUGUCACCACCAGUGCGCCCCCUCUGCCUCCCAGGAAUAUUGGCAAAGCUCAGCCCUCCCUCCUGAGCAGUGGUGUUCAGACAGCCUCUUCAGCUUACAGCUUGUGGAAGACAAACUCUCUGGGCGUGGACAGUGGCAGCAGGCAGCGAUCGGCGUCCGAUCCGCCAGCGCUCCAUCCCCCGCUGCCCCCUCUGCGCGUCACGUCUACCAAUACUCUGCCGCCAGGGCCACCGCCACCUGUAGCCAAAACAGCCAGUGUGAUGGAAGCAUUAAGCCAGCAACCCAAGCCAGCCCAGCCAGCUGCGCCUCAAUCCAAAGCUACCCCACCACCUCUGCCCCCACAGCCUCCUAGUCGAAUCGCACAGAAAAAACCUACUCCUGGGGUUGAAAAGUCAUCCCCUUUGAUUAACAAGGGCCAACCCAGAGGAACCGGAGAAGUCUCCUCUGGGCCAGAAACUUCAUCAAACACAUCUGCCCCCAUGCAGCCUCCAGCCCCGAUGCCAAGAAAGUCGCAGAUAUCAAAAAUUAAACCCAAAAGGGUAAAAGCCCUCUACAACUGUGUAGCAGAUAACCCAGAUGAGUUAACGUUCUCAGAAGGGGAUAUUAUCAUCGUGGAUGGCGAGGAGGACCACGAGUGGUGGAUUGGCCAUAUUGAUGGGGAUCCUAGCCACAAAGGAGCUUUUCCUGUAUCAUUUGUGCACUUUAUUGCUGACUAAACUGCUACUGAACAAGAAUACAGAAUUUUCCCAUUUCCACCUAUUUGUAGAUGUCACUAUUUCACCACCGGUACCAAAACUUCUGCCAGAAAAUUAUUUUUUUGAGUUGUAUUGUACUGUAGUGGACUUAUCACUGUUCUGUUUGCCAAAUGCAGACAGAACUAUUUUUACAUGAAUAAAUAGGUGUUUUUUUUAACUUCUUCAUGAAACAAUGAUUUACUUGUUUGUAAGGUGACCCGAAGAAUAUUUUAGAAACGUAUUUAAGAUGGCUAACCCGCAAAGUAAAAUCUGUUGAAUUUAACAGGUACACACUUUAAAAUGAUUAAAAAUAAAUUUCUCUGUUACUGACUUCAAAA